UGAACAACAACUUCUUUCUGUCGCAGCCCGCAAGAAUUUGUCGCAGUCUUGUUCGACAUGGCACCUCUAUUCGCCCUGCUCAGCCUUUUGGGCUUCUUGACGUCCUUCGUCUCAGCGACAGCCUUGACAUACAAGCUCCCUCCUAACGGAAAGGAGUGCUUCUACUCGCACAUUGAGCAAAAGGGCGCAAAGGUCGCCUUUUACUUUGCUGUCCAAUCAGGCGGCUCCUUCGAUGUCGACUACUCAGUCCAUGGACCCACGGCAGAGCCUGGCAAAGAAAGAGUUAUCCUCGAUGGCACAAAGGAACGCCAGGGCGACUUUGUCUUCACCGCCAACGAGGCUGGUGAAUACCGUUUCUGCUUCGACAACAGCAUCAGCACCUUCGCCGACAAGAUGAUCGACUUUGAAAUCUCCAUCGAGAACGAGCCCCGCGCCGCCAGCAUCCCCUCCAAGCAGGGUGCCAACGUCGAGCAGACCUCGGCCCUCGAGAACUCGGUGCUCAAGCUCAGUGGCCAGCUCAGCACAAUCACCCGUCAGCAAAAGUACUUCAGAACCCGUGAGAACAGGAAUUUCUCAACCGUCAGGAGUACCGAGCAGAGAAUCUUCAACUUCUCCAUCAUCGAGAGCUUGAUGAUGGUCGGCAUGGCUGGUCUUCAGGUCUUCAUUGUGAGAAUGUUCUUCCAGACCGGUCGCAAGGGUUACUUGUAAAGAAUUCGCAGUAGAAAGCCCGAGUUUGCGAACCCAUUAUACACAAAAAGAAGAAACGCUCCAUAUGCUCGUCAUGCCCUGUCAUGCUAUAUCCCACUUUCAGUCAACCCAUUGUCGCCUCAUACAAGCUUCCCACCCUCGAUGACCAUAAACUCAUCACCCACCAUCAUCUUCAUCUCUUCCUCAACCAUGAAGUUGUCAUGGUCGCCCGUCAAUGCUUUACUCGCCGGAUCAUACAUGAACCUCGCAAAAGCCAUAUAAUCAGGAAACACAAAUGUGCAGAUGGCGUCGUAUGGAAGAAGAUUUGCUUUGCCCUUUAGCAUGUCUUGCAUUAUGUUUCUGUCGCGUUGAAGGUGAUAUGU